GGGGACUCCGGUCCCGGCCGCGAAAUCGCGCAGUCUGCGUAGGCGGCGGCGGCGGCGGUUGCGGCUACCCGGCCCUAGCGCCUGGGCUUGUCACCGUCGCCAAGGAGCUGCCGCACGGAGGCGGAAAUGCUGCCGCCGGGCUGGGGGCUGCUCUGGCUUGGCCUGGUCCUGGGCUCCACCUAUGUCUCGCUGGGGUCCUGCAAUCUGGCCAGCAACUCCAAAGAUGCUCUGAAUGUCCUCCUAAUCAUCGUGGAUGACCUGCGCCCCUCCCUGGGCUGUUAUGGGGACAAGCUCAUAAGGUCCCCAAACAUCGACCAACUGGCAUCCCACAGUCUCCUCUUCUGGAAUGCCUUUGCCCAGCAAGCAGUGUGCGCCCCGAGCCGCGUGUCCUUCCUCACCGGGAGGAGACCCGACACCACCCGCCUGUAUGACUUCAACUCCUACUGGAGGGCACACGCCGGAAACUUCUCCACCAUCCCCCAGUACUUCAAGGAGAAUGGCUACGUGACCAUGUCGGUUGGAAAAGUCUUUCACCCUGGAAUAUCUUCUAAUCAUAGUGAUGAUUCUCCAUACAGCUGGUCCAUUCCUCCUUAUCACCCCUCCUCCGAAAAGUAUGAAAAUACCAAGACAUGUAGGGGGCCAGACGGAGAACUCCACGCCAACCUGCUUUGCCCUGUGGAUGUGGCAGAUGUACCUGAGGGCACCUUGCCUGACAAACAGAGCACUGAGCAAGCCAUACGAUUGUUGGAAAAGAUGACAUCGUCUGCCAGUCCUUUCUUCCUGGCCGUUGGGUAUCACAAGCCGCACAUCCCCUUCAGAUACCCCAAGGAGUUUCAGAAGUUGUAUCCCUUGGAGAACAUCACCCUGGCUCCUGAUCCCCAGGUCCCUGCUGGCCUCCCUCCUGUGGCCUACAAUCCCUGGAUGGACAUUAGGCAGCGGGAGGACGUCAAGGCUUUGAACCUCAGUGUGCCCUAUGGCCCAAUUCCUGUGGACUUUCAGCGUAAAAUCCGCCAGAGCUACUUUGCUUCUGUUUCAUACUUGGAUACACAGGUUGGCCACCUUUUGAGCUCUUUGGAUGAUCUUCACCUGGCCAACAACACUAUUGUUGCAUUUACCUCAGAUCAUGGGUGGGCUCUAGGAGAACAUGGAGAAUGGGCUAAAUACAGCAAUUUUGACAUCACUACUCGUGUGCCCCUGAUGUUCUAUGUCCCUGGAAGGACGGCUCCACUUCCGGAGGCGGGCAAGAAGCUUUUUCCAUACAUCGACCCUUUCGAUUCCUCGGAAUUGAUGGAGCCAGGCCGGCGAGCCGAGGACCUCGUGGAACUUGUGUCUCUCUUCCCCACGCUCGCGGGACUUGCGGGACUGCGUGUGCCACCUCGCUGUCCGGUUCCCUCGUUUCACGUGGAGCUGUGCCGAGAAGGCCAGAGCCUUGGGAAGCAUUUCCGACCCCAUGACCUGGAAGAGGAUCCGGCCCUCCACGGGGAUCCCCGUGAGUCCAUUGCUUAUAGCCAGUACCCCCGGCCCGCAGACUCUCCUCAGUGGAAUUCUGACAAGCCGAGUUUAAAAGAUAUCAAGGUCAUGGGCUACUCCAUACGCACCAUAGACUACAGGUUCACUGUGUGGGUGGGCUUCAGUCCCCAUGAAUUUCUGGCCAACUUUUCUGACGUCCAUGCAGGGGAACUGUAUUUUGUAGAUUCUGACCCUUUGCAGGAUCACAACAUGUAUAAUGACACCCAAGGUGAAGACCUACCCCGAUUACUGGCACCUUGAGUUGUGCCGACCACAGAGGGCGUGUAUAUAAUGUGCCCCCUUCCCGCUGGAGAGAGAAGGACUUAGAGCUGGUUCCUUUCUGAUUACCCACAACACCGGAAGCAGGCGAGGGCUGGGCAGUCACAACACGCAGCGGCAGUUGGGCCUUACAGUCUGUAACAGCCCAACUUCGGAUUGGGUCUUUAUUGAUUUCUAUUUAGUAAUUGAACUGGGGCUAGGCUGAACCUUUUCUUUCGUUUUCCCAAAAAGCUCAUUUAUUGAGUGAAUGAGUACAGAGUGAGCUAACUAAAAUUGUCAGACCUUUAGACAUACCUUGAUGUCAUACCUUUAGACAUCAAGACCGUAAUAACCAAACAUACCACUGUACUCAGGAAACACCUUAAUUAUUUGUGGAGCUUAGUGCAUUUCAAAAAGUAAGCAUAUAUCAAAUUAGGUUUCACACUGUGUUCCUGGUUCUUUUGUUUACAAUUUAAUAACAUUCAUAUGUAUCCCAGUAUAUUAAGGAUAUUACUUCAACCUGUAAUCCAGGUUUCUUUAUAAAACGUAAAGUGAAAUAAUAGUGCUAGACGCCAUGGCCGUAAAGUCUUGAUCCUUAACUUUUGUUUCUAAAAUUGUAAACUUUCAAAAUCUAAACUUAAAAUAUACAAGAAGCGAGUAAGGUGGAAUUUCUACAUCAAAUAAUAAAUCAUGCUUAGUAAACUAGAGGCAUGAUAUGUAUGGGGAAUUCAGUUAAACAUUCUAGAGAUUUUCUGGCCCAAAUAAUAAGGUAUUAGCCAAUAAUAUAGCCCUUGAACCCAAAGGCCGUCUGUUAAGAGGCAGUGUCAGUUACAAUGGGAAACAUUUAACGGCGUGACUGUAUCCACGAACUGAGUCACUCAGACCCUGUUAGCAUUCUCCUUCCUCGGCGAUGGUUGGCUGCAGGCCUCCAUUAUCCAGGAGGCAGCAAAUAUUCUGCUCUUAAUUGCUGCUUAAAGGCAACAUUAAUUUUAUUAAAUCUUACGUUAUUUUGAGAAUUUCGAAGGCUUUUCAUUAGUAUAAUAUUAGGUCAUUUCCGAUCUCCCAGAACAUCGUUCUGUAUUCCCUAAAUACAUGUGAAAGUAACCAGCAAGGCAAAUGGCUGUGGUGAGCUUUGCUAUGUCAUCUUCAGAAGGAUGGAAAGUUCACAGCAUUUUCACAGUACGUCGAAGCCGGUCAAUUAUCAGGAGUCACCAGAAGAGUCCAGAGCUUUCUGUAUAAACAUUGACUACAGUCCUGUUUCAAAGUGAGUAAUUUUAGGAAUUCUGUCUUUACAAGUGCUUCAGUGUUUCAAGGUAAAUAUCGGUGAAGGGAGAAUAAUGGCAAAUCAGCUCGAGUUGCUGCAGGCCAUUAAAUUGUGACCAAAAAAGACCAGAGGUGGUAUUACGUGACUACUUCAAGUCAGUCAAAAUUAAGAAUUCCCUAAUCAGCCUGCAACCGAGGUAUACAUGAUAACACGACGAUCUUGUAGGUAACUGACCUAGCGUCUGGCCAUAAGAAUUUCUACCUGAGCAGUGAAGGCCCUGUUCAUGUCUGCCGACGCUGACGAUGGGCUCCCUCGCGGAAGCCUCACUUUUACGUGCAGACGGCUUCCCUCAGCCUUUUCUUUCCCCAUCUUCAUCCUCUUGUGGCUCUUGUCACUUCUGCUAAGAUUUUGACAGUCCAGUCGGUAAAUUCCUCAUGAGGCGCUUCCUGCGCCUUUAGCUGUAUCUCCUACUCCACAGUUAUAGUAAGGUUUAACACAGGGUUUUAUUUCACGUUCGUUUGCCGCUCCUGUUGGCUACAGAACGUACUCCUUAUCGCUUUCUUUCUUGCUUUGUUUCUUGAACAGUGUUAGCAUCAAAAAUCUCAGUUCUGCUCUUGCCGAAGUGAUGAGCUGAACCAUGUGGGAAGAGAAUGAAGUGACUUGCACGUAGGAUGUGCAGCUGCCAUUUUGGCAGUAAUCCACCCGUGGGACCAAAGCGACAUCUGGCUCUGGUCUCCAUGGGGCGCUUUGGCUAGAAGUGCUUCUGUCUUCUCUCCCCUUCGUGAGGGCAUAGCCUCAGGAUGCUUCAGCUCGCCUUAGGUCGUAGCUUUUCUUGGCCUCUCUUUACAAAUCUCUCUUGUCGGAAACCAAGAAGGGUGCAUUUCACAUUCAGGGGCACGCUGCUCCAACUCCUCUCACGGAUUAUGGUUGUUUUUCGUGUUUCCGACACUGAACCCAAUUUAGAGCCGGAUCGUGCUUCCUUUUGCCUGUCUCUGACACGCAUUGGGAUGAGCAGCCACUUUCUGGUUUCAGAUAUCAAUGCUGACGACAUUUCUCAUCUUGACUUGACUUAGAGAAGCCACAUCUUUGCUGCUUCACAUAACUUUUCUCCUAUGCCACUGAGCUGGGCAUCUUUUAUAAAUGGUUCCCCAGCCAGUUUAUUUGCAGAAAGCCCCAUUUCACUUCAGCAAGAGUUGUUUUAUACAAUCUAGUUGAAAGCAGAACGAGCGAUCCCCGAAAUUGUGAAUGGCCUUAAAUCAGUGGCUCACAACUGUGAGCGUGGAUCGGAACUACACCAAGGGCUUGGCAAAUCAGGGUGUUGGGCCCUUCCCACAGAGGUUCUGAUUUAGUACGUCCGGGCUGCGGCUGGAUCAUUUCAUUUCUUAUGAAUCACACUGCUCUCCUGAAGACCACAGUUUGAGAAACACUGCCUUACAUGCGUGCCGUCCAGCAGCCACUAGGCACAUGCGAUUUUAAAGUAGUUAGAAAGAGAAACAUUUCCAAAGCAUACUCUCAGUUGGACUUGCCACACUUCACGUGCUCAAUAGCCACAUACGUGUGGUUUGUGUCACCAUAUUGGACAGCACAGCUCUAGGAGCUUUCUGUCGUGGCAGAAAGUUGAUUUCACGGAGCCGCCCUAGGAGAACUCUGAAUUUCAGCUGGAUCCACCUGGCUUUUGGCAAGGCCCUCCUGUAAGCCUCUUUUCGACCCUGUGUUUGCCUGCAAAGACGUGUCCAGAGGUGAGUGACGUAUGUUCGGUCUCAGCCUACCAUAGGAGUUCACUCUGGCAAUCAGCCUCUUCCUCUCCAUGCCACAGCCAUCGCCCCAGCCUAUCCCAAGUAGUUUACCCGCCCCUCCUCUCUCCUCCCUGGUCCCUAAAGAAUCCAUGUGUCUUCCUGAAGUCCCUCUUUGAUCCUGCCCUUUGAGAACACCGUUAGUGCCUACUACCAGGUCUGCACAGACCUCCACUGAGAAAUCAGCGUCUUCCCUGACUCCACGAAGCCCCUUUCCUCGGCCGACCAGUUUGCACACUGGUCCCACACUCUCCUGUGCCGAUCCCUACCUCCCUGUCCACCCCUAGGUUGUCCCCUCCUCCCUUCUCCAUCCUUCCAUGACCAUUCUUCACAUCCUGCUCCCAUGCCCCCACCUCUGAGAGGCUGAGGGUUUGUGACUCUAGACUGUGUCUUGGGAUGAAAUGACAUCACCGAAGAAUCUUGUCAUCCCCUUACUCUAAAAACAGCAUGUAUUUCCCGAUCAUAACAUUGUGUUAAUUGUAUAAAAAUUGGAAAACAGAAAUUUAGUAACAGGUCAGAAAACACAUCAGUACUUUACCCCAAUAGUCACUUAAUGUCAUCUUUGGGGUGUGUGUGAAUAUUUUACAUUGUCGUCAUCACACUGUGUGCUUUAUCAUGCAAUUUUAUAUUCUCGUUUUUUCACUAAGUAAUAUAUGUGGUCAUUACAGAUUUUUGCAAAGAUACUUUAUACUAGCGGUAAUAUAUUUUAUCGUGCAGUGUUUAUCAUACUUUACCUAACCUUCUUUGGAUUAUUGGAAAUUUAUGUGAUUUCCAAAUUUUCGGUAUUGUAAAUAAUGUUCUGAUGAACAACUUUGUGAAUAAAAUGUUUUUAUGUAUUUCGAA